AUGGCCUUUUUUUCGCUCUACAUCCGCCGCCUCACCGCCGACGAAUCUUCCUCCUCUGCUGACCACCGCCGGAGAAACCCAUCUCUGCCGUCGCCCAACAAUCGCAAGGGCCUUGAUCCCUCUGCCAUCAAAUCAUUGCCUUUGAUAGCUUGUAGUGUGGCCGCGAAGCACAGGAUUGAAGAAUGUACAAUAUGUUUAAGCGAGUUCCAGCAGAGAGAAAUUGUGAAGGUAAUCCCCUACUGCAAGCACGUGUAUCAUCCCAUGUGUAUAGACACGUGGCUGUCAUCGCACGUGACCUGUCCUCUGUGUCGGUCCUCUCAGCUGUUCGAUGAGGUUUCUUUAGGUAUGAAGCAGCAGAAGAAUAACAAUUGUGUGAGUGGGGAUGGUGAGAGAUCGACGGUGGAUAAUGUGGCCCCGUGGAGGGACGAGGAGAGAGUUUAA